UAGGUGGGUCUAUAAGAUUUUUGAAUUAUAUUUCCAUGUCAUGAAGUUUCUUCUUUGUCUCAUAAGGCUAACUGUUGUUUACAGCCACGGCGGAUUUCCAUGCUUUUGAUCUGCUUCAUGUUUUUACUUGGCAAAGUGCAGUUUCUUUCCCACUCCUCACCGAACCACCUUUCUCGUGAUAUUACACAUGCACUCCCUCUUUUCUUAUUCUUAUUACUCACUCUACUCCAUUUUAUACAUAAUGAAGAUUUGGAUGUUUUCAUCUGUUGAUGUUCAAUCAAACAUGUUGCUUGUAGAGCUAUUGAACUAUUGCUUGGCGUGGCUCUUCUGGUGGGUCUAUGAGAUUUUGGGAAAAGUUCCAUUUUAUGGCCCUUCUUCUCUGUCUCAUAGGCAAACUGAUGCUUGCAGCCAUGCUGGGUUUCACAGCUUUUGAGCUUAUCUUGUUUUGGCACCACAAAGUUCAAUUUACUUUGUCUCUAAAUCACCCUUUUGGUGAAACUACACGACCUUCUACUUCUCUUGUUCUUAUUACUCUUGCUGGUAUAACUCAAAAAAGCAAUUUUACAUGUUUUUUCUCGAGUUGAAAACUGUGUUGUUUGGCAUGGCACCUCAGGUGGGUGUAUGAGAUUUAGGAGAAAGUUCCAUUUCAUGGUGUGUCUUCUCUUUCUCAUAAGGCUUAACCGAUGCUUGCAGCCAUGACAGAUUUCAAAGCUUUUGAGCUGAUUCGUGUUAUGGCUUGGCAAAGUUCUGUUUCCUUUCCCCUUCCACCAAACCACCCUUUUUGUGAAAUUACACGUCAGCUUCCUCUUUUCUUAUUCUGAUUACUCUCUUUGCUACGUUUUAUCAACCUUGAGGAUGUGGAGGUUUUGUCUUCUAUUGAAGUUCAAUAAAACUUAUUUUUUCUUGAGCUGAAAAAUUGUUGCUUGGCACGGCACCUCAGGUUGGUCUAUGAGGUUUUUGAAUUAAAUUUCCAUUUCAUGGUGUUUCUUCUGACUUUGAACUAUUUCCUUGUUAUUGCAUGCUUUCCCAAAAUUAAAUUAAAUCUUGUUAGUUAGUAGAGUAUUGCAUGCUUUCCCACAAAGUUUUGGCUUUAAAUGAGAGGCUCUGAGCUCUAUUUCUGACAUUUCUUUGUUGGGAAUUGUUACUAAAACUCAUGGGAUGCCAAAUGGAUAUCGCAAGGUUUUGAAGGAUGGGAAGUGUUUGUACCUUAGAUUUGAUGACUGUAGACAUGAAAAUCUGAAGAAUUAUUUGAUACCAAAAGCUAUGCUCUCCUCUUGGGUGCAUGGGGACUCGCAUAAAUGGAUUGGUGCUGGAAAUUGAGGUAAAACAGAUGAGUUUAUGGAAGAAGAAAAGUAGAAGAUGUCAUUCAGCUCCUCCCUUUUACCAAGGCAAGAAGAAGUUCCUUGCCACGAGUGAGUCUUCAGAAAGGCUGGAUGAAAUAACAAUACAAGACUGUUCAUGAUGUGCCACUCAUACCAGAAAUUAGAGCAGUAAGGAGACUGCCGAAGCUUUCUGGAGCUUCCACAGCUGUCAUCCCACCAAUGUGAUCAAUCUUCCACCCCAAGUUGUGCUGAUUGUGUAUUCUUUGAUGAAAUGUAAUGUUAUCAAAUUUCUUGGGAGGGCCAAGUGUGAAAAUGAAACUUGUUAACAUCUGGAAUAGCAAAUUACAAGCUCAAGGGGAGUGCACAAGUACAUGUGAUGGGGAGUAAAAAGAAGGUGCAAUUAUGUUUGGAGAUGCAUUGUUACCUUCAAAAUGUUCUCUCAUUGUUGAGGAGUUGAUGCAGACUUCAUUGUGUUUUCCAAAUUGCAUUUUAGGAAAUAUCUGUGUUGGAACUGCAUUUGAUUGUAUCUGUUGCUAUAGACAUUGGGACCUGCUAUGUUAAGGUGGAUGACAAUGGAUCUGGUGUUUCACGAGAUGGACUGGUGCUGAUGGGAGAAAAAUAUGCGACGUCAAAAUACAGCCAUUCAGAUGAUAUGCAUGCUUUCCCAGCAAGCUUUGGCUUUAAAGGAGAGGCUCUGAGCUCUAUUUCUGACGUUUCUUUAUUGGAAAUUGUUACUAAAACUCAUGGGAGGCCAAAUGGAUAUCGUAAGGUUUUAAAGGACGGCAAGUGUUUGUACCUUGGAAUUGAUGAAUGUAGACAAGAUGUUGGUACAACAGUCAUUGUUCGGGAUGUAUUUUACAACCAACCAGUUCGAAGGAAGCAAAUGCACUCCAACCCAAAGAAGGUGUUGCAUGCUCUGAAAGAGUCUCUGCUAAGAAUCGCCCUUGUGCAUCCCAAUGUCUCCUUCAAAAUUGUUGAUAUUGAAAGUGAGGAUGACCUGCUUUGCACACGUGCUUCUCCUUCUCCACUGCCGCUAUUGUCCAGUGAGUUUGGAAUUCAUCUGAGUUCCCUUAACAAAUUGAAUGCAAGUGAUGGUUCAUUCAAGCUCUCAGGAUACAUUUCAGGUCCUGAUGUUUACACAGUGAAGGUCCUUCAAUAUUUCUAUAUCAAUUCAAGAUUUGUUUCCAAAGGACCAAUACAUAAAUUACUUAAUAACGCAGCUAUGAGUUUUGGCAGUGCGUCUGACAUUGAGAAGCGAAGUAGAUCUCAGAUAUAUCCUCUGUUUAUGCUGAACCUAAACUGUCCAAGAUCUUUUUAUGAUUUUACUUUGGAGCCUUCAAAGACCUCUGUGGAAUUUAAGGAUUGGGGCCCUGUCCUUCUCUUUAUUGGGGAUACUGUUGCGAAUCUCUGGACUGAAAGUAACUCUGCUGAUAUACCUAUGAAUAUUGAGAUCAGGAAAAAGAGGUGCAGGGCUCAGAGUUGCAAAGGUACACUUGACCUUCUUUCCCCGCUGCCAAAGAAACUGACCGGAGAGUGCACUGUCAGGAGAGAUAUUCAAUCUCCACAGAAUACUCUGUGGGAAAGUGCUUCUGAGAAACCUGAUCCUGGGUCCGGAUUUCUCUCUCAGAUUGAAAGUUCAAGUCGGUCAAUUGAUGGAUCUCUUGCUCAUUGCACAGUUGGUGUAAACUGGAAAUCCAGAUGCUCUGUGCAACCCCUUUCAUCUAAUGUUUUACCUACAGAGGAGUAUUUCCUGGAUAACAAAUUCAAUACUUCAGCUACCUCCAGUUAUAAAUCAGACUGCCUGUUAGGUUCAGGAUGGGAGAAUGGGUCUCAAACAAUUGUAGCUGGCAAAUCAACAGAGGAUGCCUCAUUUAGGGAGUCUCUUGAACUUAUUGACAAUUCAAAUAUGACGCAUGAGAGAAGGAAACCAUUUAUGCGAAACUGUUCUUUGCACAGAAGCCUGAUACAUGAUGGAACAUCUUUUGAUAGUGAUGAAGAUAUUAAGUUUGAAAAAAGUGACUGCAGAACUAAACAAAAUCGCCUUGAAGAUGAUUAUAGUGUUGAAUUUGAAGUUGUUGAUGAUGUUAACCGGGUCUUACAUCAAAGGUCUCCUAGAGGCAAGGAAAUAUAUUUUGAGAAGUUCUCCAGGUGCAAAACUCAGAGCAAUGCAUUGCAGCGGCCAAAAAAAAUUUCAGGUGAUUCAGAAAAUUUUUCUUUAACCAAGGACAUUCUAGAUGAAGAUGAUCAUCUUAUGCACUUCUUUAAACAGACUGAAAACUAUCGUUCUGGCCUACCAUCUUUUAGUCCAGAACUGUCUCCUCUGCCAUCAGAUCCUUUGCUCGGGAGCAGGUUUCUAGAUGUUAAUCCUUACAUCGCUGAAAAUGGGAUUGAAACUUCUGUUAAACAUGAAAUUGGUGUCACGUAUAAUUUUGAAAACAUGGAACGUAAUCUCUUGGUUCCGGCCAUAAAUAAUUUGGGAAAAGAGGACUGCUUGUUUCCAAAUCCUGCAAAGUUUGAUCUCGAUUUUUAUGCUUGUCCUAAAGAGGAUUUGGGCUGUAUAGGGGGACUUGAUCCGUGGGACAUUUAUAGUUCAGGUCCUUCUGAAUUCUAUUAUGACGGAGAUGAUUUGUCACAUAUACAUUCUCAUGGUGAAGAAGAUCUUAUUAAUUGUUUGACACCACGAGCUAUGAUCUCCUCUUGGGUGGAUGGGAACUCGCAUAAAUGGAAUGAUGCUGGGAAUCGAGGUAAAACAGAUGAGCUUAUAAGGAAGAAGAAGAGUAGAAGAAGCCAUUCAGCUCCUCCAUUUUACCAAGGCAAGAAGAAGUUCUUUGCCACGAGUGAAUCUUCAAGAACGGCAGCAGGAAAUAACAAUAUUAAGACUGUUCAUGAUGUGCCACUCAUGCCAGAAACUAGAGCUGUAAGAAGACUGGGGGAUUCUACAGAAGCUAUCUGCUCGGAGCUUCCACAGCAGUCAUCCCAUCUAUGUGAUCAAUCUUCCACCCCAAGUUGUGGUGAUGGUGUUUACUCUGAUGAAAGGCUAAGUGUUAAAAUGAAACUUGUUAACAUCUGGAACAGCAGAUUACAAACUCAAGGGGAGUGCAUAAGUACACGCUAUGGGGAGUCAAAAGAAGAAUUUGCACCAACAAAAGAAACUCAAAGUAUCUUAGAUUCUGGGACAAAAUGGAGGGGCUUCUGUCCAGAGAUUACAAGUGGUACUGGAACAGAGAGUUUUAAGAAUCAGGAUACUAUACUCAAUGUCACUUCUGGCAUAUUGCAUUUUGUUGGUGAUUCAUUGGUUCCUGAUACCAUUGAUAAAAACUGCCUGGGGGGUGCCAAAGUUCUCCAACAGGUUGAUAAGAAGUUUAUUCCGAUUGUGGGUGGCACAACACUUGCUAUAAUUGAUCAGCAUGCUGCAGACGAGCGAAUUCGUUUGGAAGAACUGCGUGAGAAGGUUCUAUCUGGACAAAAGAGGUCAACAACCUAUCUUGAUUCCGAGCAAGAAUUGGUCAUGCCUGAAAUUGGUUAUCAAUUAUUACACAACUAUGCUGACCAAAUUCAAAACUGGGGUUGGAUCUGCAACAUUCAUUCUCAAGCUUCAAAAUCAUUUACCAGGAACUUGAAUCUGAUUCACAAGCAGCCAAAAUCUGUCACACUUCUUGCGGUUCCUUGUAUUCUGGGCGUUAAUCUAACAGAUGUGGAUCUGUUAGAAUUUCUUCAACAGCUUGCUGACACAGAUGGAUCAUCAAUAGUACCCCCAUCAGUGAAUCGGGUCCUGAAUAACAAGGCUUGCAGGAGUGCAAUUAUGUUUGGAGAUGCAUUGUUGCCUUCGGAGUGUUCUCUCAUUGUUGAGGAGUUGAAGCAGACUUCAUUGUGUUUUCAAUGUGCUCAUGGGCGGCCGACUACUGUACCUCUUGUCAACUUGGGUGCUCUGCAUGAGCAGAUUGCUAAGUUAGGUUCGUGGAGUAAGGGUUCCUCCGAGGCAUGGCAUGGGUUACAUCGGCAUGCAAUCAACGUAGAGCGUGCAGCAAAGCGACUAAGAUCAGCCGUAUCCUAGUGUCAAAAAUCUCUCGUUAGUAUACCUUUCCAUGUAUAGCCAUAGUAACUCACUCUGAAUAGACUGUAAAGAAAUGUUACGAUAGUGAAAUAGGUUAUUUGAUUGUAACAUCAUUCAAUUGUUGUCAUAGUUAAAUUUGUAUAUCCCAUUCUAACCUUCUCAUUUUGCUAGACAAUAUGAAGUGAUAUUGGAACAAUGGUACUAUAAAUCUCCUGAAGAUAUGGAACUUCCAUUUACAUUUUUGUUCUA